AUGUAUAACUUGGGCACAGUCAUCGAAAACGACGAUAGGAAAAAUGUACGAGAAUUGUUACAUGAAUCAACACGAUAUUUUAUGUCAACAUUUAAACAAAUGAAAAGUUUAAAUCAAAUAUUACUAAUACCUUUAACAAUGUGGACAGGCACAUUAGAAGCAUUUGUGUUCAAUAAAGAGAAGAAACUACCGUCAACUGCUAAAAAAAUAUGUGGAAAAAGCCUUGAGAGUCUAGGGUCAUAUGGAAGUAGUGGUAGAGGGUAA